GUCUCCUAGGACCGCUCGAGGGUGCUCUGUGCGAAGGAAGUUGACAGAUAUAAGCCGUGUCCUGUUAGAUUUCGUAGGUAAAUCCACAGACCACGAUCCACGUAUUUAUUCUACGUAUAUCGUUGCUGAUAGAACGGGUCACGGUCGAAGCGAGGCACACGAGGGCCGAAGUAACCGGGCGUGAGGAAGGGACCUUAUCCCCAUUACCGCGUCGUCCUCUUCGUCCUCGUCGUCGACGGGAAUAGGGUCGCCGCCGUCGCCGCAGGACAAACGAUCGCGAAGAGACAAAGUCCUGGGUAUCUCGGUCGGGCAACGAUGAUCGUCGUCUCGGUAUCUUGUCAUCGAUGAGAAGCGACAGCCACAUCGUUCGAUAUCGAUAGAGCGAACCAAACGAACGUAGCCACGAAUCGAAUCGAAACGAGACCACGCUCGAACCGUCGAUUUCGAGAAUGGCGGAGGCAGGACCUUCGGACACCAAAGAGGACUUUCAGAAGAUUUUCCAGCGGAGACUUCCGCAGUACAUCGCUGCUUGCGCAGCGUGCAUGGGCGGAUUCUCGUUGGGCUGUGGCCUAGGAUGGAGCGCUCCGUGCGUGGAACUUCUGAAAGACGAGCACCACUUCGACGCGUUCUCCACGAACGUGAUCGCGUCGGUUUUCCCCCUGGGCGCGGCUCUGGGCAUGCUGGUGGUCCCGUUUCUGAUGGACAGGAUCGGUCGAAAGUGGACGAUGAUGUCAUUGGUACCCCCGUUCGUUCUCGGUUGGGUGUUCAUCGCUGCCGGCGUGUCCGCGUUCGCCUUUCUGCUCAUGGGCAGGCUGAUAACCGGCGCGUGUGGAGGCAUGUUCUGCGUCGUCGCGCCCAUGUACUCGGCCGAGAUGGCCGAGAAAGAGAUCAGAGGUACCCUGGGCACCUUCUUUCAAAUGUUGCUCGUGAUCGGCAUUCUCUACGCUUACUGCUGCGGCUACGCAAGGAACGUGACGGUGACGUCCAUCCUCUGUGGCAUCGCUCCCAUCGUGUUCGCCUGCAUCAUGAGCUUCGUGCCGGAGAGUCCGCUGUACUACGUGAUAAAGAACAACGAGGAAGCGGCGAAGAAGUCGAUGCGAUUCUUCCGUGGACCCGACUACGAUAUCGCUCCCGAGAUCAACGCGUUCAAAGAGCAAGUAGAGAGGAGCAGGAACCAACCGGUGACGUUAUCUGCGUUUCUGAGGAGACCGGUCCUGUGGACCAUGGCCGUGGCCUAUGGACUCAUGUUCGCGCAACAGUUCAGCGGCAUCAACGCGAUCGUUUUCUACUGUCAGACGAUCUUCAGGCAGACCGGUGUCGAGAUGGACUCUCUGCUGCAGAUGGUGAUCUUUGCCGUGGUCCAGGUGAUCGCUUGCGUCGCUUCCGCCUCGCUGAUCGAUCAGCUGGGCAGAAAGCUCCUCAUGGUGAUAUCCUCGAGCGUGAUGUGCGUCUGCAUGAUGGCCCUAGGUCUCUUCUUCGUUCUCAAGACCCACGAUCCCGAGCAAGCCGACUGUCUAUUUUGGUUGCCGCUCGGUUCUUCUUGCCUGUACAUCCUGGCUUUCUGCCUGGGUGCCGGCCCCAUACCGUGGACCUACAUGAGCGAGAUCUUUCCGACCAGGCUGAAGGGUACGGCUUCCUCCAGCGCGGGCUUUUUCAACUGGAUGCUGGCUUUCAUCGUCACCGUGUCGUUCUCCAGCGUGGUCGACGCGGUCGGUAAUGCAGCCGCGUUCUUCUUCUUCGCGGUCAUCUGCGCGCUCAGCGUGGUCUUCGUGAUCUUCUUCAUGGUCGAGACCAAGGGCAAAACCUUCGCCGAGAUCCUCCGGGAGUUCGGCACUUACGAAAUCGAGACGGAGUGACGCGUUGGCGCACGACGUCGGGCUAAGAAGACAUGUCUGCCGCUACUUAGGCACAACGACGAAAAUUGCCAACGCAUUCCGUUCUACAUAGAAACUCCUUUUUUUUUAGCGAAGUCAGCGAGAAAAAUA